AUGUUUGGAAGCUUACCCGAUAUUUAUACAUCUCGUCGACAGAGCCUGCAGGAUGGAAACAACUUCAAUGGCCCCUCUCUCCAGCAUUUCGACCAACAGACAGGGACCUCUAUGUCGUGGACUGUCAAUGUACCAGCUGGACAGAGCGUUGCCUUCCUUCUCCGAGAUACCAGCGGUCAAACAAGCUUGUCUGCGCCCGUCGCAGUCCAGGGAGGCACUCAAGAUAGUUGCGUUAACAAGAGUAUCUCCUUCGCUCCUUCAUCCUCCGGUCAAGCUUCAGCAACUGGCGGUGCUACCCCGCCGAAUACCGCAGCUGCUGGUGCCACUCCGGUCACUGCUCCGACGCAGAGUCGGUCCUCUGGCAGCUCACCAUCAAAAAGUACUACUGCUGCCUCAAGUUCAUCCAACGCUGCUGCUCCGAAAUUGGCGGUUUCCGGAGUUGUAAUCCCCGCUUUGGCUGCGUUGUUUGGAUAUAUCAUGGCUUGA